AUGGGAAGGCCACAGUACCCUUUGUGUUCUUCCAUGCAUGGGCAUCUGCCCGGGUGUGCGCCUAUUGGUGGACCGGGGACCGUCCUGUGCAUGAACUGGUUUGUGCUGGUCGCUGCCUUGGGCAUUUGGCUCUCUGCCCUGGCUUUCUGGUUUGCUCCGCGCUGGAAGCAGAAGCAUUUGGAUGCCACGCUCGCCUGGAAAUGCAAUCUCCAGCAUUUGCAUCCGGAUGAGCGGCAUGAACUUUGGGCAGGUCUGAGCUACAUAGGUGCAACAGUGAUGUCUGCCAUAUUCUUGAUGUGGCAGAGCUUGCUUUGGACAAGGAUGACGCAUGACACUGCUGGGGACAUAUGCCUGGACUUCUACUGUGUUGAGUCGUCCGGCUUUCCGCCAGAUGCCACGAACAAGCAAGAGUUGUUGGCAUACUUCAGCGGAGAACUGUAUCGCCUGGGCCUUCCACCUGAUGGUGUGGAGUACAUAUCCAUAGGAUACAAAUUUACUCCAGAUGAAGCUAUCUUGGUGGAGCAUGCCAUCGAGAAGCACCUUGAAGAGGAGGAUGCGCAUGAUCCGGCAAGCCCGAGAAAUUCUCCGAGCAAUUUCGAGCACAGCCCCGCACGAGUGGGACCUCUGAGUAAGCGAGCGGUGACACGCAGCGUGGGCGAGGCGGAGAUAAUGGAGCUGCAGGCGAUGACUGGAGAAUGGAGUGACAGCUCGGAUGGAGAGGAUUCAGAUCCUGGCGGCUUUUGGGUGCAGCUCCUUGCCAGUGUCCUGUGUGGAACUCCGUUUGUCUGUUGUGAUGCAUCGGUGGAUCCCCAAACCCUCUUCCGGCACGACCUCUUGGAAGAAGAGCUGGACCUGGACCGUUUCCCGAGCUCGGGCCUUGUGUUUGUUGUUUUGAAGAUGGAGCCUGUGGCUGUGGCUUUUGCGAGUGCGAAGGUGUUACCAGGUCUCUUUCGCGGGACACAUGAGAUCAGGGUCACGAGAUGCAAAAGCAGCCCACAGACAAUCGUUUGGUCGAACUUUCACGUUGAUUCCGGAAUGUUCUGGCAGCGAGCGGUGCUGUCAUUCUUCGUGCUGCUCGCCACGCUGGUGGUCUGGUUUGGCCUCUACUUUCCCUUCUAUCGUCUCUCGAUGAGUGUGGGCUCCUACAAUGUGACGAGUGAUUUGGCUGUUGGCAUGUCAAACUUCGCUGGCCUCUUCAUUGUGUGUGGCUGUGAAUUGUCUCAUGGCCGCUUGACAACGCCAGCAAAUGUGUGCUUGGACUUCUUUGUGCGACCCUUGGUAUUGGAUUCGCAAGUGUGCAUCAUGCCCGACUGUACAGGAUGCUUGGCAGGAGAGAAGGUGACCGCGUGGGGGGGUGGGGGGCAGUUCAAGCUCACAGACAACUUGGUGUACCUUCUGUUUCCCAGUUAUGUGCUACUGCCUUACCUCGUCGAGCCCGUGGCCACCAUAGCUUUUUCGUUCUAUGUUGCGAUUCUACGCAUCAAGUGUGACAACCGUAUCACGCCUGGUCAGGCGGAGAUUGCGAUGAUGGCUCCAGAGACAGAUCUGAAAGUUCCGCUUGCAGACUUGAUAUGCACGACAUCGACCAUCAUCUCAACAUUCCUCCUAGGGCCGAGCAUGUACCACAGAUUUUUUUUUUUGCUCAUGGUUGUCUUCUGCGCGGUGGCUUACGCGCAAUAUCGUGUCCGAGUUCUGCGCUGGGACUCGGCGUGCUUUCAAGGCACCAAAAGCUUGCAUGCCUGCCAAUCUGCAUACUGGUGUUUCCCCUUGGGCCUCCUUGCCGCAGCCUGGGAGCGCGAAUGGAAACGAGUCCCAUCCACUGACGUGGUCACCGGUUUGGAGCCAGAAGUUCCCAGCAGCCAGCUGUCCUAUUCACAGGCCCUCAGCCAACUGGGUGGCAAAGCCGGAUUGGCCGACUACUUGAACACCAAUCCUAUAGAGGUGCUGAAGAGCCUCAACACGCCACAUCGACUGAUCUACUACCGUCCGGACAAGGAAUACCUGCAACGUCGGGCUUCCAAGUUCACUCCAGGCGACACCGGCUUCAUGAUGAGCAUGCUGACGCAUAUGCAAAAAGACGCAACCUCUGUUGUGCCGCGCUCAGUGUGGCGGCACGCCCUCUGUUGUGCCGCGCUCAGUGUGCCGCCGCCAUGUGCCGCCACAGAUCGAGCUCAUGUGAAGCAGCAGGGGAAGGAGGGGCGCAUGGAGCUGACCUGUCGAGGACCGGAAGUCCUGCAACUUUUCUUGCCCAAAGCUGUUAGCAUGAAACAGAUCCAUGUGGCAGAAGGCUGGGACUCCUCCUUCAGCUUCGAUCGCUGUUGCAGCUUGACAAGCGUGAAGCGCUAUGCGGACUUCAGAUUUGAUCCGCCUGCAAAGUCGCACUACGAGCUGCUUCAUCUCGAACGUGACAACAAGCCCAGACUGGGACCUGUGCAGGAUGAUGAGGCCCUUCUGCUCUAUGGCCUUGUUCGAGCAUUGCGCCCAAGAACCAUCGUUGAGUUUGGCACCUCCAAUGGCUUCAGUGCGCUGAACUGGAUGCAUGCGAUUUCUGACUGUCCUGAUGCACGUGUCUUCAGUUAUGACAUCUUGCCGUACCCGGCAGCACGGGCACUGGAGGACUCCGAUCCGCGCUUCAUGUUCCACCAGAAGAGUCAGGCGGACUUUGAGCCUGCAGAUGUGGAUGGGCGGCCAGUUGAUGUUGCCUUCUUCGACGCCGGUCACCUCAUCGAGUACAGCCUCAAAGCUUUCGAGCGGUUGCGACCGUCACUGGCUGCGAAUGCGAUUGUCGCGGUCCACGACACGGGCCUACAUGUCCGCGACUUCGGCUCUGGUGCACCGCCAGAGGAGGAGGGUCAGCCCUUCAGCGAGGCGAGCUGCGCACUGCGCGCAGGGGGCCCUGCCCGCUGCUACCGAUUCCGUGACUGCCAAGGAGAGGCCGACGCGCAAGGCUUUUGUGUGGGCCGUGCUCAUCGACCAUCAGAAAGGCAGUUUGUCGCUGAGGUGCUGAAGAGGUGGCCAGACUUCAGGCCCCUCCACAUACAUUCCAGACGGGUCUUUCGGCACGGCCUGACAUUGCUGCAGCGUGGUGACCUCCUAGGGCCUGACAACCCAGAUGGAACCUUCUGA